AUGAACGGAAACCUCCAUCUUCCACAGAACAUCACGGCAAUCCAGGCCCUCGUCAACCAGUCAAAUGCUCUCACGUAUUCGACAAGCCUGUACUGGUUUUCCUUUGCCGGACCGCAGAUCGACUACAUUGGCUCAAACAAUGUCAGCAAUGGCUGGAUCUACUCUUAUGGGCAGGCUUGGUGGGACUCCAAUCCGGUCAACGGCACAGGCGCUCCCUCUCGCCCGCAUCUCAUGAGCUUCAACACCACCGACGGAAGUCUACAGCGCUACAAGUCACGAAAGCCCAUCGCCUGGAACGUCCAGCUCGUUGGAGACAAUAUCGUGGUUACAGAUGCGAUCAUUGAUGCGUACUCGACAACAGGGAGCUUCCCGUUCAACACUGAUGGCUUUGACGUGACAGGGACCAACAUCCAGAUCCUAAAUAGCCUCAUUUUCAACGGCGACGACGCGAUCGCGGUCCAAUCGGGCUCGCAUAACAUUCUUUUCCGGGGAGGGACCAUUGGGUAUCAGAGUCAUGGAAUGAGUAUUGGAUCGCUCGGCCAAAAUCAAGCGUCCUUUGCCAACGUCUCCAACGUGACUUUCGACGAUGUCACUGUGGUUGACGCUGUCUAUGCCGCGCGUUUCAAGUCGUGGGAAGGUGGACAGGGUCUGGCGAAGAACAUUACGUGGUCGAACAUCAGAACCUACAACGUCACGUUCCCAAUCUUCGUCACCCAGACGUACACAAACCAAGGCUCGAACCAGACCCAGCUGGAAAGCGGCAGCGUCACCGGUCGCCCAAACAACUCCAGCGUAGUCAUGCAAGAUUUUACCUGGGCGAACUUCACCGGCACAAUCAACACCUUCCAGCCUGGCGAUGGGUCUUGCGUGUCGGACCCGUGCUGGUACAAUGUUGGAUUACCAAACCUGACCCAUACAGAGGUGAUUAUUCUGGAAUGCAACACCAACACUUCCUGCAACAAUUUCGUGUUUGAGAAUAUCGAACUGUUUCCUCAGACCUUGGCGAGUCCGACGGUGAUCUGCUUGAACGCGACGGCAGAGUUGAAUCCAAAGUUAGGAUUCGACUGUAGGAAUGGGACCUAUGUUCCGCUGUAG